CUUCCGCUCUGCUUGUGUGUCUCACUCGACUUGGCCCCGUAAAUUCCGAGCGGACGGGAGUUGAAACAUGCAAAUAUUUAUUCUAUGAAGAGGACCGCCGUCCAGCAGGGUGCUUGGAUCCUAAGCUGACGGAACAAUGGUCAAGUAUUUCUGCUGCGCAGGUUUGCUAAAAAGCUCCUGGGACCAAGUUUGCCUUGCUUUCUGGCAACGCUAUCCAAACCCUUACAGUAACCAUGUAUUGACAGAAGACAUCAUUUUCCGAGAGGUUACUCCCGCCAACUGCCUCAUUUCCAGACGUCUGCUGACCAAAACGAGCCGUUCGCCGCGUUGGAUGGAGCGCUAUCUUCCAAAACAAAUGUCUAGCUCUGCUUACAUCCUUGAGGACUCCGUAGUGGACCCUCAGAAACGAACAAUGACCACACUUACAUGGAAUAUCACCCAUGCUCGUCUUAUGUCUGUGGAGGAGCGGUGCGAAUACAGCAUUAAUCCUGAGAAUGGCAGCUGGACAGAGAUAAAAAGAGAAGCUUGGAUCUCUUCCAAAGUGUAUGGACUCUCGAGGGCAGUUCAGGAGUUUGGUCUAGCAAGGUUUAAGACAAGUGUUAAUAAGACUAUGAAGGGCUUUGAAUACGUGCUGGCCAAAAUGCAAGGUGAAACGCCAUCGAGGAGUUUGGCUGAAGCGGCGACAGAGCGUGCAAGGGAGACGGCGCUGGCAGCUAAAGAGAAAGCCAAAGACUUGGCCUCACAUGCCCAGAAGAAACAAUUUGUGUGACAAACCCCUGCUUCUGUUGUCAGGACACAUUUGUCUUUAAAUCCUCUUCAGUUCUGUGAUGCAUUGUGGGGGACAAACUAAUGCAAGUGGAUUCCUCUAUGAGGAAGUAGCCUGCUGAUCUGGUAGGACAACCACAUCAAGCCACUUGGCCUGCACCUGUGUCAACCUGAUCAAGUUGCUUUGACUGCACUUCAUCUCGCAGCUUGGCAGACUGAAUGUUCGCUAUAUGUUUGUCUAACUAAUCACGAUCAACAUUUCAAUCUAUGUUUAAAGGGGUCAUAUUAUGAUUUUCUACAUUUAAAACACCUCCCUGUGGUUUACAUAACACAUAAUGGUGGUUAUUUGAAAACAUUUUUGCAUAGAUUUUGUUUUACAGACCUAUCCUGAAGACACUUUUGAGAGAAGAGUUUUUAGAUGUAAAUAAACCCUCCUCACUCGGCCUGGGCGGAUAACAAAUUUUGCUCAAUUAUAUAUUGACUUAAAAAUUAUUGCCGGUAAACAAUAUUAUUGCCAUUUUUUAGACCAAACUAACCACUGAUGUAAUGCUAAUACAUAAUAAAUGUAUAUCCUUUCAAAUGCAAUGAACUUGCAUUUCUCGUAUCGUUAAACUUCGUAAUUGGAAUGUGAACUUCUAAAUCUCCAAAUUGUAUUAAACAAUAAAAUAUACUUUAUUAAAAUUUUGCACUUGAAUAAAAAUCACAACCAACAGGCUAUCAGCUAUGCUACGAACGCAGUAGGCACUGAUCCAGUUAAGAGUAGUUUUUAGGAAAAUCAUUCUUUAUUUUGCCCCAAGACGGUGAUGCUGUUCUCUUACAUUAGAAGGUUAAGCUAGCUACACAUCAAAUCGAGCUAAGAUUGCUAACAAAUCAUUUACACAUUUCUAACCUACUAUUAUUACUUAGCGUUUCAUUGUCUCCUCCAUUGCCAUUAACAGC